AUGUUUCGGACACAACUCCUCCCAGCCCUCACGCUGGCGCUGACAUCCCUCGUCAACGCCCAAUCCAGCGAUGACCUCGGCGUAGCAAACGGCUUCCUCGACUUUAAGGCUGGCCAAUUCACCGGCCAGCUCGUCAAGGACUCUCAAACCCUCGCCUCCCUCAAGCCUGGAACCGACUUCGACUUCCUCCCCUCGGACCUCCUCGCCAACCUCACCUUCAACUACGCCCACCACAUCGGCGACGUCACCUUCCGCUUCAAGCUCGACGGCGCCGGCAACUGGACGUCCGUGGACUCCGCCCGCGCCAGAAAACCCGUCAAAGCCCUCGCGGACCUCGCCCCGGGUGUGAUUGCCGGUGCAGACCUCGCCGCGACGCUGCCCGCAGGCGUGCCCUUGACCGUCACGCGCGAGUGGCUCCCCGCCGGGGACGGCCUCGCUCUAAGAGUCAACUUCACCAACACCGCCAACGGCACCGUCGAGCUCGGCGCCCUGGGUCUGCCUCUCGCCAUCAACAACAUCUUUUCGCGCCCGUCGGCCGAGGAGACGCAGGCAAAGUGCUCCCUCGCGGACCCGUACAUCGGUCUCGAUGCGGGCUACGUCCGCGUCUCCCCCGUAAAGGGCCUCGGCAACGCCCUUGUCGUCGCGCCGCUGGGCUCGAGUCCGUUCGAGGCGUGGAGACUUCUUGGGGAGCCGCAGGGUGAUUACUACUACCAGUCGCAGACCUACGAAGGUACUUAUGAGUGGAUGAUUCACUCCCAGGCGUGGGCGGAGACCGAAUGGAAGAGCGCGACGCCCUGGAACACGCCCACCUCGAAGACGCUCAAGGCCGGGGAAACAUACUCUGUCGGACUCAAGUUCGUCGCCGCGGAGAGUAUCCAGACCAUCGAGGCCGCCGUCACAAAGGCGGAGAUCCCCCUUGCUGUUGGUAUCCCGGGCUACGUCGUGCCCACCGAUCUCACAGCCAGGCUGUACCUCACGCACUCGUCCCCAGUUAAGACCAUUGACGGCUCAGCCUUCACAAUCAAGCAGGACACUGCAGCAAAGGGCUCACCUUACCUCCUCACGCCGACCGCCGGCGCCUGGGGCCGCGCAAAGGUAACAAUCACCUACGAGGACGGCAAGACGCAGGUGGUGCAGUACUACAUCACCAAGCCCGCGCCGGAGACGGUCUCGGACCUGGGCCACUUCCUCACCACCGCCGCGCACUUCACCGACGCCUCGGACCCCUUUGGCCGCGCGCCGUCCAUCAUGGGCUACGAUAAAGAAGCAAAGGCCAUUGUAACUCAAGACGAGCGUGUCUGGAUCGCUGGUCUAAGUGACGAGGGCGGCACGGGCGCCUACGUCGCCGCCGCCACGAAACUCUUCGUCCAGCCCGUCGAGGCCGAGGUCGCGGUCCUGGAUGACUUCAUCCACGACACCAUCGUCGGCACGAUCCAGCCGGCCAACGACACUUUCGCCGUGCGCGCGAGUACCUUCUUCUACCAGCCCGACGCCGUGAACUACACCUACGACGCCUCCCGCGACUGGACCUCCUGGGCGUCGUGGACUAAAGAGAGGGCAUACACCACCGUGCGGGCGUAUAACUACGUCCAUCCCGUAGUGGCGUACUGGUCCAUGUACCGCGUGGCGAGGGACUACCCGCAAGUCAAGACCCGCGCCGACUGGACCUGGUACCUGACACAGGCGUACAACACGGUGACGCACUGCAUGAAGAACGGCGCGGCGGACUGCGACUAUGGGUUGACUGGGUUGAUGGGCGAGACGGUGUUUGCGGAGCUUCUCGAGGAUCUGAAGAGGGAGAAUAUGACGCAAGAGGCUACUAACUUUGAGGCCAAUAUGCGAUUCCGCGCCGAGUUCUGGGAGACGUUGGCCGUUCCCUUUGGAAGCGAGAUGGCGUGGGAUAGUACCGGCCAGGAAGGCGUCUAUUACUGGACCGAAUACUUUGGCCACAACAGCACCGCCAUCAAAGCAAUCAACAGCAUCAGAGCCUACAUGCCCACCGUAGCCCACUGGGGCUGGAACGGCAACGCCCGCCGGUACUGGGACUUCCUCUAUGGUGCCAAGAACCAGGGCAUCGAGCGCCAGCUCCACCACUACGGCUCCGGCCUCAACUCGCUCCCGAUGCUACACCACUUCGAACGCAAUCCGUCCGACGUUGACGCCCUCCGCGUCGCGUUCGCCGGCAACACGGCGCCCCUGACGAACAUUGAUGCCGAGGGCUGCCCCUCGGCGGCGUUCCACUCGUUCCCGGAGCAUCUGGCCUGGGACCCGUACACCGGCGACUACGGCCUCGGGUUCCUGGGUCUGGGUCUCGGUCAGGGUGUGUACAUCGUUAACCACGCGACGUACGGCGAGGUCGUGUUUGGCGGCAACGUUGUUUCGUCGACUGAGACUUCUGUGGUUGCUGAGCCGAGGGACGCGGUGCGGCGACGGGUGUUUGUUGCGGAUUUGGGAUUGAAGGUUGCUCUUAGCGCCGGUGCUAUUCAGACUGUUACCUAUGAUCGCGAAGGCCAGACGGUGAAGUUGAGUGUUGGUGCUGCGGCGUCUGAGAAGGCGCUCAAGGCUAACUCGACGGUUGUCUGGCUUGAGACGACGUCGGGCGAUGCCAAGUUUACGGUGUCUGGAGCGAGCGUGGCGAGAGGAGGAUAUCUCAUUGACUUGUCUGGCGGACAGGCUGAGGUCACCAUUUCCAAGGCGUGA